GGCCAAGUUAGCUAGAGAUGCGCUGUGUCUCCUUUUCUUAUCUUCAAAGGGCUUCCUGGCUCUGCACCUUAAGGCGUUCCCUUUCAGCUUAUUGCUGUAGACCAGAUAGACUUCCAUGGGUCCCUACACAAGGCAGUGCAUGCCAAGCUAGCUUAACAAGGUCCCUUAGAAUGUAUGCUCCCAUUAGAUGCCUAGGUUAGUUUUUUUAAUUAUUUUUUUCUUGAAUUCUUAAAAUUAAUAAGAUGAUACUUGAAACUUUCACUUGCAUGAAGAAUAAGCAUUAUUACGGUAAGUUUCAUUUAGGUCUUGUUUUAAUUACAUUUAGAAACAACAUAGCUACUAACACUUCUCUCUUGUAAUAGCUGAUGGGCCUUUGAUGUACACCUCAGAAAAGGAGGGAAAUGAUGAAACUGGUGAUGGUUCUUUACAGAAACCUUUCAAAACAGUAAUGCAGGUAUUGUAAUACUGAAAUGAUAAACACAAUUGGUUGCUAGCCCUGUUUUUCAUCAGAGACAAAGAAAAUCUACCUUAUUGGUACCUUAUUUCGUGGAUACUUAAUUUUGCAAUUUUGACGACUGGGGAGACAGUAUUUCAUGGUGUUUAUUUUCAGGAUUUAAGCGUUCUCAACUUCAUUUUCUUUUUUUAAAAAGUCUGAACCUUUAAGAAAAUUAGAUAAACUGGAACAAGCAAUGUGUGAAAUCUUUGCAAACUAGCCUCAUUUUACAACAGAAGAUACAAAAUGGAUCUAACCAGUAAAACUAGAAAGCAAUUUGUGUUUGUCAAGACCUACCAUUGCUAUUACAUGUAAAUUGUCAUUUGAAUUUUCUAUAUGGGUAAUAAAUUCUGCAUGCUUUUAAUUUCACGAGGAUUUAUUCUUGCUGAUCUUUAAUUUUGCGAUUUUCUUGUAAUCACAAAAAACACCAAUAAUUAAAGACCCGCGAAAUUAAGUACCAGUAAGGUAGGUUAACAUGACAACAGGUUUUACCAACAACAUUUACAUGUUCCAGGGAAGUCUUUAAGAAUUUUUCACAAUACUGUAAACUGCUGCUUAUAAGCCCUGGGCUUACAUAUCUUUGUGAGGGGUUUUAGGAAGGCUUUUAUACAGAGGGUCAUAUAAUCAAGGGGGCUUAUAUCCUGAAUAGAAAACUUGCUUCAAAACAAGCUAUGGUAGAGUUUGUUGAUUUAAAAAAAAAAGGUUUCCAUUUACUGGUCUUUAAAUUAAACCUCAAAAAAUCAUGACCAAUCAAAUCAAGAAAAGAAAAGCUAGAGGGAGGCUUAUAAUCAGAUGAUUUUUUGUUCACGAUAGUCAAUUAGAUGGGCCUAUAACCAGGGGGGCUUAUAAAUUUGGGGGGUUUAUAGGUGGCAGUUUUUGGUAUUCAUAGUGCCAAGUUUGGUGAAAAGAGUUUACAUCAAGAGUAUGCAGAAAGCAUAGUAUUAAUUAAGGAAUAUGUUUUUGGGAUUUUGUUUCAUAGGCCUUACGUACCUCUGAAGGGAAGGAACCUUUACCUCAGAUUAUGGUGGAUGGCAAAGAUGAAGGAGAGGUACGAUGGAGAAUUUUUCAAAUUGUAAUAGUUUUGAAUGGCAGUAUUCAUCACCGUCAAGGUUCCAAAAGGCCUUUUUGUUUUAGGUUUUAGUUGACAAAUGAAAUUCAGGUUAAAAAUAAUGGUUUCAACCCAGCUUGAUUCUCAAGUUUCACUGCUUCCUAACCAUUAUUAUUCAUGACUAUGAAUAAUAAUUAUUAGGGUCAAGAAGCCAAGGAACUUGAGAAUCAUUCUACAGUGUAAGUUGAUACCAUUUUUACCUGAAUUUCAUAAUUUGACCCACAACGUUUACAUAAACUAUUAAAAUAGAUUUUAAUUUAAUGGCUGAUUAUGCAUAUUUGCCUCCUGUUGAAGCAUAUUAUUCUCCCCCCCACCCCCAUCCUACGUACAUGUGUACAUGUAUGAGCAGUGUAAAGUGGUCAAGUGUAGCACAGUAAAUUAUGCACCAUCUCCAGCCAUUUUUUCUUUCAUUAUUUGUACAUGUCAGUUGCGUCAUAUAAUCAUGAUUAUCAUUUCAGAGAUACGAAAAGCUUGCAAAGGCCCAGCUAAAGAAAAUGAGCAAACUUUAUGCUCAAGAGAAAAAGAAAUCUGAAGACAGGGAGAAAAAGGAGGUUAGUGUAGAUUAAACCAAGGUUGUGGAUUUUUCUGUCUCUGAUAAUCAAUUUAGGAGAGGUGUGAUGUAGUUCCAGCCUUUGGACAAAUAUCAUAAUGUUAUGGCUCUGAGGUGAAACUUCUUUGAUGCUACUUUUGAGUAGACAUUAAUUUUCUCUCUAAAAUUAAAUUUGGGGCUUUAACCCUUUAAGUCCCUAUAGUGACCAACAUCAAUUUUCUCCUAACAAUAUCCAUAUGUUACCAAGAGAAAUGGUUAUGAGAGUUAAUAAAAUGAUCACCUAAGAGAAAAUACUUUGAUCUUCUACCAAAUUCUCUCAACUUAUCCCUUAAGGAAAUGUAUAAAGACCAGUUUGGAGAAUUUGUAUGUGGAUAUUGGGGCUUAAAGGGUUAAAAUACAUGUAAUCUGGAAUCUUUUGCUCAUAUAAGUAACAUAAAGUACCAAGGAGAAUCCUAGAUGGGCUACAGUCCAUCACAAGGUUACCCCCAGCUUUAUUUCAUUUAAUUUUCCUUGCUUAUAAACUUUUUUUUGAACUUUGCUCGCCUGCCCCCAUAACUUUCCUAAUGGUCCAUCCCUUACUUUCAGAUUAUUUUAGCCAACCACCGGGAGUGCUACAUUUGGGUUGUCACUACUAUGAUUUAUGCCUUAAUUUCUUUUGUUUUGUUUUGUUUUUUUAAGGCUGAAAAGGCUCAACAGAGGGAAAAAAAUCUUGAAGAGGCUAAGAAAAUUACAAUAAAAGAAGAUCCAAGUUUGCCUCCUGCCCAGAGAGUAAGUUCUUCGCUGAUCAGCAUCUUUGGCCAGGUUGAACUUGCCUGUUAGUUGUUCUAACUAAAAAAUACAAUGUAGAUGUAAUCUGGUGCAUACUGAUAUAACUGACUCUUACACCGAAUUCAAGGCAGGUCUUGAUUCUCAUUUGUGUUGCAUCACAGAUAGGAAUAAAAGAUUCAGUGACACAUCGUGACCAGAGGGUAAAGGUGUUUGGCUGGGUGCACAGGCUUAGAAGACAAGGCAAAAAUCUGAUGUUUUUAGUUCUUAGAGAUGGAAAUGGUUUCCUUCAAUGUGUUCUGUCAGAUCAACUGGUAAGCAUUCACAAUUUAUUUUAACAGAUCAGUAGCUCAAAAUGGGCAGCAGGAAUGGGAAAAUGAACCAUGAAAUGAUACAUGAGAUAUGGCUAUUAAAAUUUGAAAUGUGUGAUGAACAAAAUCAGCAGAAGGUAGAUAAAAAGUGGGAAAUCAGACUUUUUCUUUUUACUAAAUGGAAUUUUGAAGAUAAUAUGUUAUAACUGGGGCCCUUAUAAUACAAUGCAAAAUUAGUAAUUAAUACAUGUACCUCAGAUUUUUAUUUAGCAAAAAUUGCAUAUUUAAGUUAUGUUUACCUUUCUUUUUCAAUUUUAAGUGCCAGACUUAUGAAGGUGUAACACUAUCUACAGAAGCAUCUGUAUGUCUUUAUGGUGUCAUCAAAGCACUUCCAGAAGGAAAAACAGUAAGCAUUCUUGUUUUCUAUUGUAGUUGUUUAUGAUAAUGAUAGUUAUGCUGGCUGUUUUGCUGUAAAAAAAUAAUAUUAUUGGUAGAUACAAUUUGUUGAGGUGCAUAUAAAGGAUAUUACAUGGCUGCAUGGAGAUACGAAAAUUUCUCUUUGAGUGUUUAAAAAUAUUUCACGAGUGAGCGCAGCAAACAAGUGAAAUAUUUUUUCAACGCAAGAAGAGAAAUUUUCGUAUCUACAAAAGGCCAUGUUACGCUCUAUUUACAAUUAUAAUGUAAAUACCAAUGAAAUACCAAACCAUUUCACUUUAAUAGUUUUUUGCUUUGAAAGGUGCGAUUUAUUAUUUCGCCAUAUAUAGCAAUGGUUAUAUUUCAUGUGUGAAGAUAACAGGUUAUUUUCACAUAUCAGGUAUCAUGUUUUCAUGCGAAAGCUCACCUGUUAUUUCAUUGGUGUUUAUAUAAUAAAAUGAGGUAGUUAUGUUUUAAAUUCUGUCAAGAGAUUAGAAGUCAGCUUUUUGUAUUAUAAUAAUUUUUUAUUGUCCAGGCUCCCGGAGGACAUGAAAUGGCUGUGGACUACUGGGAACUAGUGGGAGAAUCCCCUGCUGGUGGUGUUGACAAUCUUGUGAAUGAGGUUGGUUAAUAUGAAAGCGAUAAAUUCUUUGUUGUGGCACACUGAAAUGUAAAAUAAACAUCCCCCUUUAAUUAUUAACCCUUUAAGCCUUAUAAAGAGUGAUCAUGUGGAUAAAAUUUCUCCAAGUAAUGUCAGUGCUUCAUAUAGCAGAGAGGUGAUCACAAGUGUUUUAUCGAACGUAAGAUGACAUUUUAACAACUUUUCUCCACUUUCCACUGUCUUUCUUUUAGCUUUUUUCUCAAUUCCACCUUUAUUGUGCUUUUUUUAGUUAUAAGAACUGAUUGUGUUACAAAAAAUUAUUUUUUCUGCUCUUUUAAGGAAUCUGCUAUAGAUACUCAGCUUGAUAACCGGCACAUCAUGCUCAGGGGAGAUACAGUAAGACUGUUUAUGUUGCCUUUUAAUCUCAUACUGCUUUGUAACUAGUAUUUUAAUUGACCCUAAGAAUUAUAAUAACAACCUGAGUAUUGGUUAAAAUGCAUUAGUACACUUAGUGUACAACCGUAGGUAAAAAAAAAAAAACAAGAAUUAAAUGGAAAUGCCUCCAACUAUAGAAUGAUGUGCAGAUCUUUCAGUUACUGCACUGGCCUGAAUGCUGUGACUAAAAGUUUGCACAAAAAACUGAGCAAGCAAGAAGCUAAGCCAAAAUAUUAUGUUUGAAUGUAUUUGUCUGGUCAGAGGCAAGUAAUAUUAUCAGCUCUUUUUACUAACUAUCAUAAAAUUUUGAUGAUGUGGGGUAUUUGUCAAGUUACAUGUACCUGUAGUUCCCCAUAAUUAAUUGUGCAACACAACUCCACUUGUACUUCACUGCAGCUGUGACUUAAUUUUCAUUAACACUUGGUGGUAAUUUAUUCUAGAUUUCAAGAAUCCUGAGAAUGCGAUCUACUGUUACUCAGUGGUUAGUUGUCUUGCUCUUACAAAAAAUUAAUAUAUACUCAUUUUGAUAUUGUUGAUCUACCUUAUCCCAAAAAUAUAUUACUUGUCGGACUCCCGUGAAAAUGAAAAUAUGUAGCACCAAAGAUUAGUAGCAUGACACUUUUAUCUGUAGCUUAAAAAUGAAACUUGUGUUGCACAUUUUCUUUCAACCACGGAGCAUACAUGUACAGUAUUUGAAUCUAUGAAAUCUGGACAAAAUAUAUUGUUAUAUUCCUAGACUUUCACUCAACUAAACAGGGACUUCCAUUGGUUGAUUCUUGGUCACAUGACCUUGACUAAAAUCAAAUCUCUGACUGACUUUUCCUUUUUUCUUUUCCAUUCUUUUAUUGACUUUUAGUUUUAGAGACCAUUACUUUGAUCACAGUUAUGUUGAGGUAAGAAAUGAUAUUACAUUUAACUCUUGCCUUGCAAUACCCCUGCAGCUGCUAGAGAAACCUUAAUGAUAUGGACAGCAGCCAAUUCCAGCGAAAAUAAUGAUUCACCAUUUUUUGACUAAAAUAAAUUCCAGGUAUUCCAGAAUUCGAAUCUCCUUACUGAGGACACUAACUCAUAUAUGGUCCUGAAAGCAUUAGCAGAAAUAGGAGUUUGACUGUAACAAUAUUGUGACUUUUAGUUAAAUACCAUAAAUGAUCUAAAGACUAAUGUACACCCUCUCAUAGAUGAAUGUCUCUUGUGCAUGACACUUGCUCCAAAAUGCUAGCUAGGAAAUAGUAAAAUAAAGGAAAAUCAUUCAAUUUAUUUAGUUUCUCGCUUGAUUAACAAGGUUUUGUGCAUUGCAUCUUGUUCACUGUCAAGUUCAAAUUAAAGAUUCAGACAUCGAAGUUGAGAUUUAAAAAAAAACGAUGAAUCUUAAAAUGACAUAGCUGUAUCAAUGGAUGGAGUGGUUAGUCUGCUAUUUAUAUACUGUGGUUUUCACCUAAAGUACCGUAUAUUAUUACAGUUUUGUGGAAUUUGUUACAGUUAUGAGAAUAAAUUCCUCUCUCUUUUGCAUGUGUAAACUCAUCUUAUGUGUUAAACUCCCUUGCUCGGGCUUCUAAAAUUAAAUAGAUGCCUAGGGCAUUUAUUUGAGCAUUUAUGAUAUAUUUAUUAAAGUUACUACAGUAAACUGGUGGUGAGAGAAAAUUUGUCAUACACAUAUAUCUUAAAUUUCUUGCUGGAGUCGACUCAGUGCUGUCUGCAGAGCCAUUUAUCGUUAUUUUUCUUAAUGCACUGUUUUAUCCAUUCACAGGUCACUCCACCCACAAUGGUCCAAACACAAGUUGAAGGAGGUUCUACUCUCUUUGAAUUUAACUAUUUUGGUGAAAAAGUAAGUGUUCAUUAUUUAAAGAUAAUUUUUUUUAAAAAAAAGUAAGUACAGUUUUAAGGAAGCAUUGCCAGUUGCCCAUCGUCUCUGGGCUACAUGUACCAACAUCUCGCGUCUACGAAGCUUGUGUGUACAUGUUCAAGAAAAGAAUCUUUGUAGCAAAGUGGAGAUUCAUAUGGCUAACCCUCUUUGUAAUUUUGCAGUUUUUGAAUUUCAGUUUUACGUGUUUGUUAUUCUUGUUCUUGUUGUUAGUUUUAGUGCUGUAUUUACUGACAUUGUGUUAAGUUUCCAAUAAUCAUUACAACCAUUAUGAUUGUAUUUUUCUUCUUGAAGGCCUACUUGACGCAGUCUUCCCAGCUGUACCUGGAAACACUCUUGCCAUCACUAGGUGAUGUAUUCUGUAUAGCACAGUCAUACAGGGCAGAGCAGUCACGCACUAGGAGACAUCUAUCAGAGUAAGUCUGUUGUCCUUACUUUACCGAAGCCCUCACAGCAGGCAUCCAAGGGGUUAGGGAAGGAUUGGAAAAGGGAGAAGGGAUUGGGGAGAGAGGAAAAGCUCCCUUUCUCCUUUCCCUUUUGCAUUUAUUCUUUUUUUCCCUCUCCCUCCCCCAACCCCUCUCCUUUUUAUGGCUGCCACUCAGGCUAACAUUACUGCCACAGCAGCUGCAAAGCAAGCCUGCGAAAGCAGACUAUUAUAGUAAUUUAAAAACUUUUCUCGCAAAUGUAUUAGGAUUAGUCUCAAGUUUGAUUUCAUUUUUAAGAGAUGUUCCCUUAGCUUACUGUUAAAGUUUGAGCUUUGAAAUCUUAUUAUUUUCAUGAUUUGUAUCGUUUUCCAGCAACUCAGCCACAGCUAGUUUGCUUUUGUCUUCGCCUAGAAGUUGACCCGCAUUAGCCUCACAAUCAUGCUAAGAAGGCUCUCAUCCCAGAGCAAAACAUGUACAUGUGAAACAGUCGCGAGGAUGGGUGUUUGCUCUUGAAGGUGACAGCAAGAGCUUUUGUUAAGAUUCCGUGGGAUCUGAUUCUGAAGUACCAGUAUUAUGUACAUGAUUUUGUGUUUUUUCCUGAUUUCAGAUAUACUCACGUAGAGGCAGAAUGCCCAUUCAUUUCAUUUGAUGAUCUCCUAGACAGGAUAGAAGACUUGGUACGAAUUUUUAUUUAUUUACUGUUUUUAUUAUUGUUUUUUCUUUUCAACCUUGGCUUUUAUUUCCGGUUCAACGAAUCAUGCAUAAUUAUGGUUGCACUGAUCAAAGCUUUGUUUAAUAAAAUUACAAUAGAGAAUGAGGUUUUAUCAACUAACUUAAGCAAGGCUCAAAGCUUCAGUUAUAGAAGCCAUGAUAUAAACCAAGUUAAUAGCACCAAACUUAUAUUAUGUUUUUCUUCCCCUCAGACUAAGCCCUAUAUUUCCUAUAGAAAUAAAUGUUCAAAGUAUACCCCUUUAUCCAUUUUUUUUUCUUCCAUUCCAGGUUUGCGACGUUGUUGAUAGAGUUCUGAAGUCUCCCCAUGCAGAAAUACUCAAGGAACUGAAUCCGGUGUGUAAAACCCAGGGCUUAUUAUUAUGUUUAGAAAGUAAUUUGUCUUAAAUUUAUCACUAAGCAAAAUAAAGGAAAAGGUGGUGACUCACAUUUAUCUUAUGCAUCUACUAUCUACCCUCUUUAAGUUUCAAAUAAUCAUUCUACAUGUACAUCAGCUACACUCAUCUCUGGUAAAAGUGGCCAAGUUUUCGUGAAAUUUACAUUACUCAAACUGCAACCUCCUAAGAAAGUAAGAGAAAAUCAAGUUGGUAGAGGGCUGGGGUGUUACAAUUCUCCAUUGAACCUUAGCUUGGUAAAUACAGUUUCUUCUUGUCACUCCAAUUCUGGCCCAGCAGUUGCUGAUUAUCUUGUCGGUAAAAAACCUAAAACUUAUUUAAUACAGACUUUGAUAAUUAGGUUAUACUAUGGUAUGAGUCUGUAGUACUCUUAUUAUCCGGCCAGCUAGAACAUCGAAAAAUUUUUUCCAUCUUUGUUGUCAACUUAACUUUUCUUUGCUUUCUUUGAAAAUCUUCUACAUCAUGUUUGAUGCUGCAAAAUAAAGUGCUCUUGGUAAUGACUUUGCCUCUAAAAAUUUGGAGUUGUCAAUUCACUUUUAUGAUAAUUUAUGUAUUUUUCCAUCAUUAUAACUGUCUUUUAGAAUUUCAAGCCCCCAAAGAGACCUUUCAAGUAAGUUCAUCAAGUGCUGUCAAUUGAAUAUCCAGGUUUCUUUGUUCGCGGAGUUCUUGGAGAACUCACUUCACAGCCACCAUAUAUUUUAUUUUGUCACAGGAGAAUGAACUAUUCUGAUGCUAUCGUGUACUUGAAGGAGCAUAACAUCAGAAAAGAGGAUGGAACGUUCUAUGAAUUUGGAGAGGUAUGAUGUAAUGUUACUUGACCAUGUCUUAGUCCUUACCACACAUGUCAAAUACAGAUAUGUCUUGAGAGUUCGUGUGUUAUUGUGACUGCACUCUUUCCAUGAAAUGGAAAAAUCCUCUGUGACAAUAAAUUAAUCUUAAAAUUUAAGAAAGAAGCUUGGUAUGAACAAAAUAAUUGUAAAGCAAAUAUUUUUUUAAAAAUUGCUGCGAACCACCAUUUUGAAUUUUUGACCAUACAUUUUGUUUGUUACCAUGGCAGUAUGCAGGAAAUUUAAAAUGGAGAAAAUAGCCAAAAUUUUUAUCUGCUACAUUAAAAUUUUGUUUCAGUUUUAAUAUACAUAAUAAAACUAGUCUUCAAUAAAAGGAUUCCCAAUCUUAAUUUUCACCUGUUGUUGUUGUUAUUGUUAAGGUAGGGGUAGGGGGAAAAAUCAAAUUAAUGUCAAUACUCUAUUUUUGUCUGCUGAUUUUGGACUCUUCUUUUUCUCUUUGCAGGACAUUCCUGAGAUGCCCGAGCGAAAAAUGACAGAUCAAAUCAACGAGGUACAAGAACUUCGGUUUCUCAAUACGACAUUUUAAUAGGCUUGCUUAUUGAUCCUUGAUUAUAUUAUUUUUCAUAACCUAGCCAAUCCUGCUGUGUCGUUUCCCUACGGAAAUUAAGUCCUUCUACAUGUUCAGAUGUCCAGAAGAUAAGCGUGUCACGGAAUCAGUAAGUACAUAACCUGCUAUGCUACAAUCGUCAUCAAAAGUGUUGGGAAGGCUGCUACGUUUUUCUCUUUUUUUCUUCUUCCCCUCGCCCCUGGCCCAUUGUUGUGUGCGUAAUUUUUCUGUUGCAUCCCAGAAUUGAAUAGGGGAGAUGGGGAUAUUUAGCAAAAAGGAAAGCCAUCCUUUUCGACAUUAAAAUGAACUACAGUCAGCUCCCGAUAAGUCGAACCUUCUAGGGAAAUCGAAAAAAGUUCGAGUUAUCGGGAGGUCAAAGCAAAUAACCGGAAAUAAGCAAAUAAGCAAAUUGAUGGAGGGGGGGGGGGGGAAUGCAAGUAUCAUGCACACUGCAAGUAUCAUGCACACUUCACUUUAGGGGCAGCAAGAGAUAUAGAUUAAUAUUUUUGAAAAGGAGUUAAGAAACAAAGCUUGAUUAACAUACAGGUAUGGACAGGAAUUUGAACUGCAGUAACAAAAAAGUGAAGACAGAGAAUUGACACGGUAGUUUUGGAAUAAAUUCAAUGUUUCGGACUUCAGUACAAUGUUUUAUUCUCCGACUUGUUGCGACCUUAACACAUGGUUCGAGUUAUCAAGGGUAAAGUUAUAUAGAAAUGAUCUGAAGGAAACAGAAAUUACUUCGAGUUUGCGGGAGGUUCGAGUUAUCGAGGGUUCGAGUUAUUGAGGGUAAAAUUACAGUAAAUGUAUGAAGGAAAUCCAAGGUAAGUCGACUUUGGUUUGAGUUUAUAGCGCGAGGUUCGAGUUAGCGAGGGUUCGAGUUAUCGGGAGUCCGCUGUACUGUUAAGUUGUAUAACCUUCCAAAUUGCUUUUGUCGUGGAUUGUGGGUUAUAGCUGAAGUCAUGGUGGCCAUGUUGGUUGACUAGAACAAAAGCUUUUUCCUCUGCUGGGAAGUAAACUCUUUCCAGGCAAAUUCUACGAAAAAAUAUUAUAUAUCUAAUUGUUUUGCCACCUUAUCAUGUGGUUUCAAACAAAGCAAGAUUGUUCCCAAUUUUAGGCAAAUUCAGAAACCGCCAGCUUUUCAUUGACUGGAAUAAUAAAAUGAGGUAUCAUCUUGUUCCGCUAUGAGUGGAAAAACUGGAGAUUAAUCACUGAACGAUUUUUUUGGAAGAACUUUAGCCCCAUAUUUCUGUAGUUUAUUUCAGAUUUUUAUCGGACUGUGUUUUAUAUGUCUGAGAAAUAUGUUAAGUGUGUUGCGUGGCCAUGAAUUUGCUAAUGUUUCCAGAGAAUGAGUAGAGGAGAAAGCACUUUGUAGUACGUAAUUUAUUGCCAGCAUUUAUCUCCAAUCCUGGUCACUGAGUGCUUAGCUAUAGACUAAUUAAACGGUCAUAUAACCUUAUGGGACAAAAAAUGCUGCUAGUGGAUUUUCGGAAACUUUGCUGUGGUAAUAAAAAGAUCAAGCUUCACGUAAACGACAAACGUCAGAUUCAAGUUGACAAUUUCUCAAAAUAGAGAAUGAGCAGAUGAAAACGGCUCAAAACAAUUCUUAUGGAUAAAAAAUUACGUGAAACUGCUAAUUUAUGUGUAGAAAUAAUGAACAGUGAACGACAGGUAAAUGGGAAACUUGGUCACGUGGUGCAAAUUCGCGUUUGCCGUCUGACGUUAACAUGAUGCUUAACCUCUCUAAUACCCCUGGUGGUGGUUACAGCGAGCAGUCAAAUGCAAUUAAGUCCCAAACUGAGAGACGUUCUCCUUUGUAUUGUAGCAACUAUUACAAACUCUAAAACGUUGAUUCCCUGUUUCUAGGUCGAUCUAUUGAUGCCUGGUGUUGGGGAGAUUGUUGGUGGGUCAAUGAGGAUGUGGCAUUAUGUAAGUUUGUUGUUUCUUUAGCCAAUAUCUUGUUCAUUGUCCAUUUUAGAGUUUCAUCUGAGACUCGAUCCCUGUUGACAGUUGUGCCCAAUUACACUUCGAGACAUUUAACUGGGUUCGAAUUUAGACCCGAAUUCCUGCGCAGCCUUGUAAUUCCCACUUUCGUAUUCCCCAUAAUACUAACUUUUUUGGUGAAAAAGGGAAAAUAAAGCUUUUCGGGGUGUCCUUUUUUGAGAACACGCAUAAAAAAGCUUUAAGUUAAAUCUCGUACUCGUUCUCGUCCUCAAAUCUAAAGCUCUCUAAUAUUCUAAAGUACUACAGUGACUGAAACCCAGUCUUAAAACCAGACAAUGUAAAGCCGGCGGGUGGGGGGAGGGGGAAGGCAGGGUAUGGGGUGGGGAUUUGAUUGUCUUUGUUGUUUCUAGGGUGGGGUAUUUGACUGAUCUUGUUCUCCCUUGGGAGGGGGUAUUUCAAUCUUUCUUUGCCCCACUUGCACUGGGAUCAAUUGAACGUUUCAAGAUCUUGUACAUUGCGGUAUCAAAGUAAACGAAAACUUUACUUUCAAAUCGGAAAACUCCACCAGGUUGUAAACCAACAGGGGAGGGGUUAAUUUUCAAGAGACCUUUAACAUGAGAGAGAUAAAACCUCUACGAUUUUGGGUUUGUUUUAUUUUCGUGACCGUGUUUGUAGAUAAUGUCAGUAAUCAAGAAAAAUUUGUUAAGACUUUUAAAAAUAAAUUUCAUUUGGUACCAUUCACAAAAGAACCUAACAGCACAUUCUCAUACAUGAUCUUAUCCAUGGGACAUAAGGUUAAAUGAAUACAAUGCCGUACGGGACUAAAAAUUUUUGAUACUGUUCAGUGUCGUAUUUCAAUAAAAGAUUUCAGUUAUUGCUUGAUAUACUUCCCGGGGUGGGGAAAUUUUUGUGCAUUUGACUGGAAUAAUUUGCCAGUGGGCGUAGAUUUUCAGGGCAUUAGCCCUUUUCUUUUCGAAAGGGUGCUAAUUCUCAUCUUUUCAAUUAUGUUUUGCGCUCUUGCUAUUUCAGGAUGAGUUGAUGCAAGGAUACGAACGAGAAGGAAUCGAUCCAACACCUUACUAUUGGUACACUGACCAGGUAUGUUUACGAAUCUACGUCUUUGUUUAAUCAAGCAACCAUUGUUCGUGUUUGUUACUUAAGGAAGUUAUUGUGAGCGACCAGAGGAGCCCUUAAUCCUAACCUAGAGGUUGCUUUUAAGCAUGAGCGUAAAACGUCUGUAGGAACGGAACGUAUUUAGCUAGCGGUUGUUUGGAACUUUGACUAAGAAUGAAUAGAAUGCAUAGUACGCAAUCUGAUCAACCGCGUGCGUUUGGACUUUCUAUCACUCGUAAUCUGAUUACGCGCGUUUUGUUCUUCUAUCACAUGAAACUUUCGCAAAGCACAUCACAGAAGUCGUGAGCGUUUUGGCCUUCGAUCUAUCUCCCCUGCACUCCAUAACUGUUUUUACUAGCAGUAAAAACAUUGAUCAAUAGUGGAUGUAGACAAACUAGUAAGCCAAUCAGAGCUAAGUAAACGCAUGCAGCGGGAGCCAGUUGCGGGAAAACGCACGCAGCCUGGUCAGAAUUGUUCUGGUUCCAUCGCGGAUUGGUUACAGGGAAGUGCCGUGUGAUAUUUCAGCCAAUCACAGAGUGCAACAAUUCGAUACCAAAACACUGUUAAACCAUUCACAGUUUACUUGUUUUCCCGCGUGCGAUUGGUGACGUCUAUCGCCGGGGCCCAUUUUUCCUUUCGUAAACGGUCUUUGCCAUUUCGUACGGUCGAUGCCACCAUUGGUAACUAGAGAGCUUUAGCAACGACGACGGCGACGGCAACGAGAACGGAAAAAAAGCAAUAGGUUUAGAUAAGCAAAACAACAACUUGGCACGUGCAUCACACUUUUUUGUACAUUUCUUUGCUGUCACUGCACGACUACGACGUGAAAUUGCCUAAUUUCACGAUUUAUGGAGAACGUAAACAAACGACGACGAAUUUUCCUUUCUCUUUCUAAGCUUGAAUCCGGUCCCCAAGAAAGCAACUCCAAGGAAAUUCGCCCAGAUUUCACAUUUUCAGUGAAUUGGAAUAAACGCGACAAAGUUUGAAAAAACGCGAAUUCAUUUUAAAAGUGACUUUGUCGCUGCCGUUGCCGUCGUCGAUGCUAAGGCUUCCUACUAACGACGACGGCGACGUCAACGAGAAGGGCAUAAAACCUUUCACAUGACAUCACGGCGGCCAUAUUGAUGUCCCAAAACAAUGAAACGACAGCCAUGUUGUUGUCCAAAACCAGUCCUGUGGGAGUUGAACUCUUUUCUUGUGCAAAUGCUUUCUUUUGUUCCAAUAAUUUGCAUAGAUGCUGGCCACGUGAGUGAAAACACUCUAUAGGUUUAGAUUGGCAAAACAACAACUUUGCACGUGCAUCGUGCAUUUGUGGUACAUUUCUUUGCCGUCACUGCACGCCGACGUGAUAAUGCCUAAUUUCACGUUUUGUGGAGGAUGUGAACACAAGGCGACGACUUUCGUUCGGCCACUCGCUCGGGACUUCUCCCCCAAACGGUAAAUCCUAGAUUAGCCUGCGUAGCAGGUGCAGGGUAAUCCUCGAUAGACCCUGUAAACCUAUUGCUGUUUUGCCGUUCUCGUUGCUUAAGCUCCCUAUUUCGAGGGGAAACCAGUGGUGCGGUCCUAAAAUGCCGGGUGUUUUCUCUUUAACUUUUAUUUUCUCGGCAAGGGUAACAGUCUCUCUUUUUUUGCAGAGAAAGUAUGGUUCUUGUCCCCACGGAGGUUAUGGACUGGGACUGGAGAGAUUCUUGACUUGGUUACUGAACAGGGAUCACAUCAGAGACGUGUGUCUUUACCCACGAUUUACCGGAAGAUGUCGACCAUAA